AUGAGCAAAGAGGAGGGCUCCGGAGAACGAAUGAGCAACAAGAAAUCUCGGAAACGGAAAAGCGGAGAGCGAUCUCGAGAACGGACUGCCGAGAAGGGAUCGCAUGAACAGAACAACGAGAAGGCACUUCGCCAGGCCAAGGCUCAAAAAGAGUCGCGGGAACAGAUGGAUGGGAAUGGACCUCGAGGGAGGAUUAGCCGGAAGGUACCUCGAAAAGUCACUCCCGAGGAAGGAUCUCGAGAACUGAUGGACGAAAAGGGGCCUGGCCAGAAGGGACCAAUAGAAUGGAUGAGCGAAAAUGGAUCUCAAGGAAGGAUGAACGAGAAGGGACGUAGCGAGAGCACAACUGCCACGGGAUCCCGAGAACAGAUUAAUGAGAAAGGAUCUCAUGAAAUAAUGGGUGAGAAGGGAUCGCGAGAAAGCAGGAGCGGGAAGACAUCCUCAGAUGGGAAAAGCGAGGUACGAUCUCAAGAGAGCACGGCCGAAAAAGAAUCUCGAGAAAAGAUAAAUGAGAAGGCAUCCCAAGAACGGAUGAGUGAGAAGGGAUCUGGAGAAGGCAUGAGCGAAAAGAGAGCUCCAGAAAGGAAAAGCGAAAUACCGGACCAAGAGGGUACGGUUGAUACGGGAUCGCGUGAACGCAAAGACGAGAUGAGAUCUAAAGAAGGCACGAGUAGGACAGGAUCUCGAGAACAGUUGAGCGAGGAGGGGUCCCGAGAACGGAAGAGCGAAAAAGGUUCAGGAGAAGGAACGCGCUCCAAACCUACAGUAGACAGUGACAAGAAGAAGCCAGAACUUCAUUCAAAAGAAGGGCCCGGUGAUGAAACAGAAACGGCCCCGGCACCUAAGCAGAAGCGAGAAGAAUCGCCGCUUUCAUCAUCGGAACGGCAUGGACGGAUGUACGGCGUGUAG